AAAAACUUGAUGACAUCGUUAUCAGUGAUAAAAUUUAGUAUUUAAUUCGUCUGCACACGUAAUCCUCAUCACUUUGGCUACUGCUAAAAAGGCAUAAUGAAUACACAAGUCGCCAUAACGAUUCUUCUGCUGGUGGGCUUGGUCACAGCUGUGCACAGUUCCAGCGUCAACAAUGACCUUAACAAUGAAGAUGCAGUGGUUUACCCGCGAAAGAAUUAUAUUAUGAAGAUCGUGGUCCCAUUAAACUCGAUGACCCUCAACGAGGAUACAGAUAACAAAUACUUAUUUUAUAUUGACGCUCAAAAGGGACUGUACGUGGAGAAGAAUGGUGAGGUCACGAAGCUUCUUACAAAUGUAGUUGAUAUCGCCGCCACCAUGGACAACAGCAACAAAGUUUACUUAGCAGCGACAGACGGCAUUUACACCUUCAAAGCUAAAGACAGAAUAGCAGAGAAGUACGGUUCUUUGACUGACAACGUGAUUAGCAUCGCAGUGACUAGUGGUACAGAAGAAAUAUACAUCAUAACUAAAGAAAAAGUCCUUUAUAAGGUUACUGAUGGAGGAAAUAGUAAAGUUGAAAUCGCUAAUGUAAAAGACGCGCUUGGGAUGGCGUUGGAUGGAAUGAAUAACCUGUAUUUUGUCGACGGCAAAAAGCAGGUUUUUGUAAGAAGCACUGAUGGUAUUGUGACUAAAGUGAAGGGGUUGCCAGAGAAUCCUACAGUUGUAAAGCUGAUCAAUGGUGUCGGUAGUAGUAUGAGCGUCUCUCUUUUUAUAGACAACAUCAUGUACAGAGUAUAUUUUAAUGGGACCUGUGAAUUCGCAAAUUUCAACUCCUUUAAUAUGGCUACUGCUACUUCGCCUGACAGCUGCUUGAUCUACGUGGACACACACACAGAGACCAACACACAUACACACACGCACACAAACAGCAACUGUACAUGCCCAAGCCCAAAUUGAUUGGGUGCCACUUUGGUUCAAUAAAUUCUGUCAAAUAGUAUCUGAUAUUGUUUUAAACUGUGUUGGAACCAAAUAAAUUAUUUUUUCUUUCUAUAUAAA